AUGCAAAAUUCAGUAGUGGUAUUUCUAUGUCUGGCCAUUUCGGUGUGUUUCUGCUUGUUUGGGGGUGCUCUUUCAGAUUGUUGCAGGUUUUCGAUCUUUUGCUGCCUGUUUUUUGAAGGCGUCAAGAUGAAGGCGAACGAACGAAUGGUGCCAGGGAACUGCACUUCAGCUGCAGCUGGGUUUGAAAAUUCAAACGCUUGUUGGGGAUUGGUUACCAUGGUUGUUGUAGCAGCUUUGCAGUGUUGCAUGCAGCUCUUGCUGGCACAAAAGAUGGCCCGUGCAGGGCAGGACCAUAUCCUUGGUGUGGAUUUGAACUUUGAGCUUGGACAUGCCAUGCUUGAAUUUGAGCUGGAGUACUAA